UUUUUUCUUUUUUCCUACGAUUGGCUUGGACAGCUAAGAACAUUUCGUAAGGAUAUACGUCACCCUUAAGUCUUUGACAUGGACAGAAUCUUAGGUAGAGACCAAAAAAUUCCCCAUCUCCUAUUACAGAGGCCUGCUCUGCUCUGCCCUCCCCUCACAGAGGAGAGGACGAUGGCCCCCCGCCAAGACGAUAUCACUGCUCCUCUCAUCGGAAAGCCUGUCGAGCCCCAGUCCAUCCACCCUGGCCCCUCCUCGCCAUCGUGCGGCGGAGGAGGGGAAGAUACAGAGAACUCCCCGGUCGAGCAGGUGGCGCUCACCGUCCCGGUCACAGACGACACCUCCCUCCCCGCCGUCACCUUCCGCACGGUCGUCCUCGGGGCACUGUCUUGCGCUCUCCUGUCCUUCCUCAACCAGUUCUUCUGGUACCGGCGGGAGCCCCUCUCCCUCACCUCCAUCUCCGCCCAGAUCGCAGUCGUCCCCCUCGGCCAUCUCCUGGCCUCCGCCCUCCCCAGGAGGGCCUUCUUCCCGGGGAAGAGAUGGGAGUUCACCCUCAACCCGGGCCCCUUCAACGUGAAGGAGCACGUGCUCGUCACGAUCUUCGCCAACGCCGGCGCCGGGAAUGUGUACUCGAUCCACAUAGUGAGCGCGGUGAAGAUCUUCUAUCAAAGGGAGAUGUCGUUCGCGGUGGCGCUGAUCAUCGUGUUGACCACGCAGGUGAUGGGGUUCGGGUGGGCGGGGGUGUUCCGGCGGUACCUGGUGGAGCCCGCCGCCAUGUGGUGGCCCCAGAAUCUCGUCCAAGUUUCCCUCUUCAGGGCAUUGCACGAGAAGGAGGAGAGGCCUAAGGGCGGAGGAUUGACACGAAACCAUUUCUUCCUCAUUGCAUUCCUCUGCAGCUUCGCUUACUACGUCUUUCCCGGCUACCUCUUCCCGAUGUUAACUUCCCUCUCCUGGAUCUGCUGGGUAUUUCCCGAUUCUGUCAUUGCGCAACAGCUCGGUUCUGGGCUCCAUGGGCUAGGUAUCGGAGCCAUUGGGCUCGAUUGGGCCAGCAUAUCCUCUUAUCUCGGUAGCCCGCUAGCUAGCCCAUGGUUUGCCACAGCAAACAUUGCCAUCGGGUUCGCCCUUGUCACUUAUGUGAUCACCCCAAUCGCAUACUGGCUCAAUAUCUAUGGGGCAAGGACGUUCCCAAUUUUCUCAGACGACCUUUUCACAUCUGAUGGACAGAACUACAAUAUCUCAGCUAUCAUAGACCAAAACUUCCAUCUGGAUGUUAAGGCGUACGAACGGGAGGGCCCUCUUCACCUGAGCAUUUUCUUCGCUUUGUACUAUGGAAUCGGCUUUGCCUGCCUCACUGCCACGGUGGUCCAUGUGGUUCUGUUCCAUGGAAGGGAAAUAUGGCAGUUGAGUAGGUCCGCCUUCAAUGAGAAGAAGAUGGAUGUGCACACAAAGCUAAUGAGGAAGUACAGGCAAGUCCCGGAAUGGUGGUUCACUUGCAUCCUUUUUUUAAGUAUUGCGGUGACCGUAUUUGCUUGUGAGUAUUUCAAUGAUCAGCUUCAGCUCCCAUGGUGGGGAAUAUUGCUAGCUUGUGCUCUCGCCAUAUUCUUCACCCUACCUGUCGGCGUCAUCACUGCCACGACAAAUCAGACACCAGCAUUGAAUGUGAUAACUGAAUAUAUCAUCGGGUACUUGUACCCCGAAUAUCCCGUUGCCAACAUUCUUUUCAAAGUUUACGGGUACAUCAGCAUGAAGCAGGGGAUCACGUUCUUGCAGGACUUCAAGCUCGGACACUACAUGAAAAUUCCCCCAAGAUCCAUGUUCAUGGCACAGGUAGCAGGCACUGUGAUUUCAGCAGUGGUGCAUCUGUCGACAUCAUGGUGGCUGAUGAGUACGAUCCCGAACAUUUGUGACAGGGCUCAGCUCCCUGCAGGCAGCCCUUGGACCUGUCCUGGGGACCAUGUUUUCUAUGACGCGUCAAUAAUCUGGGGCCUCAUUGGGCCUCGCAGAAUAUUCGGUGAGCUGGGGCAAUACUCCGCCAUCAACUGGUUCUUCCUCCUUGGGGCCCUUGCACCCUUCGCUGUGUGGCUUGCCCACAAGGCAUUCCCUGGAAAGGAUUGGAUCAAACUCAUCACGAUGCCUGUUCUCUUAGGGGCUACCGUGAAUAUGCCCCCAGCUACAGCUGUGAACUUCACGAGUUGGGUGACAAUUGGGUUUUUAUCAGGUUUCGUCGCUUAUAGGUAUUACCGGGCUUGGUGGAGCCGUCACAACUACGUUCUGUCCGGGGCCCUUGAUGCAGGAUUGGCCUUCAUGGGCGUGUUGCUGUACUUGUGUCUGGGGAUGGAGCAUAUUAACCUUAAGUGGUGGGGCGACAGGCCGGAUGGGUGCCCCUUGGCCUCUUGCCCGACUGCCCAAGGAAUAAUUGUUGAAGGGUGUCCGGUUUUCUAAUCUUUGUAUAGCUUUUUUUAUAUUUUUAUACUGAGGAAAUUCUUUUAUAAAUCUUUUAAGUCCAAAAAUAGGGAAAGAGAUGGACAGAUAAUUGAAUGUAGAAAAGUUAUUAUUAUUCUUCCUUA